GAUCCUGCCGCUAUGGUUGAAGAUGAAUACAAGAAAGUGAAUGAUGGUAAUUUUGGUUGGAGGGCAUUGAGAUUAUUAGCUAGAAGAAGUCCUCAUUUUUUUGUUCAUGGAAACAAUCCUAUUAACAAAUUACCAGAAUAUUUGGAAACUAUGAUUAAAAAGAUUGCUAAAGACCGACCACUUCAAUCAGACGUUAAAAUGGAAGCUGAUGAAACUCCACCUCCAGAAUCAAAUGAACAUGAGUUUAAUGAAGAUGUUUUGAAGCAAGAAUCAGAACCAGUAGAUUGCGAAAAUUCCAAUGCUAAAACUGGUAAAUUAAAUUUUGUUACUGUAGAAAUGAUUGAACAACUUUCAGAAGUUUUAAAAAACAAUUGGGAAAAAUUAGCUUCAAAACUAGGAUAUGCUGCAGAUGAGAUUGAUUUCUUUCGUGGAAAACCUACCCAAUAUGAGCAAUGUAAAACUAUGUUGGAUAUUUGGGUAGAUGCUGAUGAAGACGCUUCUGUAGAGAAUUUAGCGUACAUUUUGGAAGGGCUGGAUUUUCACGAAGCAGUUGGUUUAUUGAAGCCAUAA